AUGUCUCAAGCGGAGACGUCCACCGACGUCCCAACAGCCGUAACCAACGUGCGAAUUAUUGAGGCAGACUUGCGCAGCUGCUAUUUUCCCCUGUUCUUUCUCUCACGCGCAGCUGAAUCUUACAGAUAUACGCAGCCGGGACAGCCAGAGGCAGGAGCUGAAUGUCUCUCAGGAAACCAAGAAGGUUCAACAAAGCAGAGACCUUCACGUGGCCCUUCGGUUGAACGAUGGGUUCAUCUACAUAUUGCUCAGGGCGACAAAGCAAGCCUAAAGCAUAUCAAAACACAUUCCGCAAAUUCAAACGGAAAAGGCAUUUCUGGAGGCACAACUGAAAACCUCAACUUCGAAUCGGAGUAUGCCUGUGAUUUCGCAGUCUGCUUAACUCAAGCCCAACUCGUGGUCAUUUCUACUGUCACAGUUAUUGUUGUCAUAACCGUGGGCCUGGUAUCCCUCAUUGCUCUGCGCCAAAAGCACAUCUUUCCCCCCGUCGAUGGAGGGUGUAACCGCCGUGAACCGAUGCAGUACCAGGUAGAUGGAGGACUACGCGAUCCGGGUGGAGCACCUGGUGAAGAAGGUGGGUUUCAAAACAUGAAGUCCUACGAAUACGUCAACUGCUCGUCUCGUCUCCAGGACUGCACUCCUCCAUCCACCUAUAGCAACCUGGUUGUUUCCCAUGAACCGUGGAUGCAGACUCCUCUAUUCCACCAGACAGCCGUCAACGAAACGACACUGCCACGAUGCUCACUAGUUCCUAGUCAACGGACGGAUUUCAUUCUCAUUCCUUCUUCCAUAUUUAGUCAAACGAAACCUGAUGCGAACACGACAGAUGUUGUAGAACUUAACCCCAAUUUGUACAACUCAGAUAUUUUUCCUCGUACCGUGACUUCUUCGACUACAAAUGCCAGCAUCAUCACCCAGGCUCUUCCUAAUCCAGGCGAGAAUAACUACCAGCAAAAUGCCUCUGGUAUCAUAAUAAGUAAUCCAUGUCUCGCGACGGAUACGAUGACAGAAAACAGGAGUCAUCGUCAGACGCAACAACCGACAAAACAAAGCAUAACUUUCCUACCUAGGGGUGCAAUACAGAUUCAUACGACCAAGGACGCUGAUCCUCUCCAAGCUCUGUCACAUAGCCUACCUAAAGAAGGCAACAUUUCACCCAGGACCCUCGAAAAUCCUUUCCUAAAUGACAAUGAAAUUCUCCUUGAGGCUGGAACGGAAAAGAUAGAUAUUGCCGGUCCCUACCUUCAGCUUCGUCCGAUCAGUGGCGGCGGGAUCAGUAAGAAAUCCACAAGGCAGCAGCAGGUAUUUUUGCAUGCAGGCAUCGACCCUGCCGUCGGUUUUAUGCCACAGAGCGACAACAAAGGCCAAAAACAACCACUGGCGUCAAUUUCAGGCACCGUUCGAUCUACAUUGGGUACUGAGGGAGGCAAGCAUGGAGGGCCGAUUCAAGUGGUGGCCUACGACAUGCAGAGAGAGGAGAUGAAAAAGGAACUGGCGCAGAGUCUCUCCUUCAACGAAAUUCUAAAGUCGGAUGUCCUAAAACCACAAAUGACCCCAGCGUUUCAGGUGACCACUUCACACACCCGACCCACAAUUACGCAGGGUGUCCUGUGUGAGUGCAACAGUAGGUGGUGUGCUGAACGUGACAGAGCGGUCAACAUACCCACCAGCACUACAACAGAUAGGGGUUUGACGGUUGAUAUACACAACUACUCCAUUCACCCUCGGACGAAAGAGGUUCGGUGCUCCAACCAACAGACUGAUGUUCAAAGCAACGACCCCAACAGCACAUUAUUGCCCAAACGUACGGCAACCAACAUGUUGUCUACGGAUGCGGGUGAGGCUGCUAACUUAGCAUAG